GCCAAGGAAAGGGGGUGAGGUGUUGGGAGUGAAGAGAGUUGUGUUGGGGGAGGCUUUGGAGGCUGUUGAUGGGAAGGUUCAGUGUCCCCUUGUGAUCUCUGUAUUGAGUCGAGUCGCAGGGUCAGAAUGUCCGGGUCCGACAAACCCCUGAAGGAGGGACAGCUCCACAUCAAGCAGAACAAGUUCGGCAAGAAAUGGAAGCGCUGCUAUGUGCUUCUCUACCCCGACUCGUCGUUCGGCGUGGCGCGGCUGGAAAUGUACGACUGGAAGGAUGGUACUUUAUCGGGAGACAAGUUCAUAGCCCGUCGAGCCGGGGAUCGGAAGGUCGUGCGCUUGGCGGAGUGCAUUCGUGUGGACUCAGUCCCGACAGAGACUGGCCCCAAGGAAAACAUGACAGCAUUCACUUUAGAGACUAGUGAGAAAGCAAUUCUUCUGUCUGCUGAGCGCACGCUCGUCAACGAAUGGAUCCAGAAGCUUUGUGAGGUCGCCUUCCCAAAUAAUCCUAAUGGGUUUAAGUCAUCCCAAGAUAAGGAACCAGCAGGAUCUCCAGGUCUUUCAUCAUUAGAGAUGGCUGUGAACAGUAUUUAUGUCUCCCAUGAGGAAGUGUGCGAGUUUUGGGUUACUGUGCAGAGGACCGAAGCUGCAGAACGCUGUUCCCUGAGAGGAUCCUACAUCCUGCGCGCCGAGGUUGACUGUCUCAUACUGAAGGAUCCCCAAACCAAGCAAACAUUGUACUCCUGGCCAUACAAACUACUGCGCAGAUACGGAAGGGAUAAGGUUAUGUUUUCCUUUGAGGCUGGAAGAAGAUGCGCAUCAGGUCCAGGAAGUUUCACCUUUGAGACAUCUCAGGGUCAUGAAAUCUUCCAAAUGGUGGAGUCCUCCAUAAGAGCUCAGCAGGAGCCUGGGAACAGACUAAGCUGCCCGGUGCUGGACACAGAUUCCCUUACAGACACCUCACCCCAUGAACCAGUUCCUGCCAUGCCUGAGGUCCAGUUAAAAAAUGUGAAAAUUAGGAAAGAUACAGAGGAAAAGCCUUUCAAAGGUCGGACCCUUCCUGACCUCCCCAUGGCCAAACCUGUAUUGCCACAUAACCUUCCUGACACUGCUUCUUUGGGACCAAAACCAGCAAUGUCUGGUACUCCUCCACGGUCCCCGGUUUCCAGAUCUGCCAAUAAGACAGGAGGGGACACAGAACAUUUGAUGGGAGUUUAUUCUGAACCCAAAGAUUCUGUGAGGGCCAUAAAAACUUUGUUUGACCCCCUCUACUCAGAUCCUGUGGACAGUGUCAAAGACAAGAGGCAAAAUAGAGACAUGUUUGGGGCCUCCCCUCUUUACUCCGAUCUGUAUGAGCCAGUUGGGUAUGAAGUGCUUGGAGGUGGGGUCUCCCAUAAAGCACCAGGUGUUCCUGUGUUUUAUCCACCCUCAGAAGACCAUAUCUACGAUGAGCCAGAAGGGAUUGCCCAGUCUUGUGAGGCCCCAGUGUUAUACUCAGAGGUGCAUGUGAAAGGAGAAGCCAGGAGGAGGCCACCCAACAAGGAGAAAACUUGUCACCCAGAUGUUUACAUUGCAUCAAACAAUCAAGGAGAACGCAGUCACACUCGAAAUAAAUCGGGCCCCAAACCAGUGCCUGCGCCCAAACCUCAAGGAAUGACCGUCACCAAAUUUAUAGGGAAGGAACUGGACCCUGAGAAGACAUCUGGACAAUCUCACAUCUCCUUAUCCAACAGCAACAACAAUAGUAACACAGAGGUGUUAUAUAGUCAAGUUCUGAAACCAGGGGUCUCAGGAUCAAAGUCUCAACCACCAAGAAAACUGCAGUCUAUGGGAUCCCCACCUCCACCAGACAAGCCACAGUUCGCACCAGACAAGCCACAGUUCGCACCAGACAAGCCACAGUUCCCACCAGACAAGCCACAGUUCGCACCAGUCCUGUCUCCAGCAAAACCAUCAGCUCUUUCAACCCCUCAAGUGCUAAGUAAACCACAGCCUCAUCCAGCUACAUCUCAGGGUACUCCACAUUUACCAGGAUCAUUCACACCUCACCUCGUUCCACCAGUUACACUUUCAACAACAAAAUUACAAUCAACACCAGCUCAGCCGUUCCCAGUAAAACCAGUGACCUCGGGUGGUUUAUCUGCUGGUGAUCUUCAGUUGUGCCAUACCUCAAUGUGCCCUGAGAGAGAGCUCUCGGUGGAUGAUAAUCGCCUGUCAUCCAUUUAUGAGGAUAUGGGAAUGCUGUGA